CGAAACUCUGAUUGGGCCACCUCAUCCUCAAGGCAAGCAUGGCUGACAUGAACGUGUGUGCCGGUGUCUUCCUCAUAGUUUUGUCCGUUUUGCACCUUGUGCAAAGCGACAUUGUUAAAGGUUCUGUACCGCUUAAUUCAGGAGUGUUUGACAAAAUUAUCAACAAACAUCAAGUUGUUGUGGUCAAAUUUGAUGAAACCUAUCCUUACGGUGAAAAGCAAGAUGAAUUCAAGAAGGUUGCCCAAGCAAGUCUCACCCAGCCUAACCUUCUUAUUGCAGAGGUUCAAAUAGCAGAUUAUGGUGACAAAGAUAACGCUGACUUAGGCGAGAGGUUUGGUAUAAAGAAGGAUGACCACCCUGUCUACAAAAUGUUUGUGAAGGGAAAAGAUGAGCCAGUCACAUUCCUGGGAAAAGAUAAAAAAGCUGACGAUGUGAAAAAAUUCAUCAUGAAGGAAUCUGGUUUGUGGCUGGGCCUCCCGGCUUGUCUUGAGCAGUUUGAUAAGCUGGUCAAGGAAUUCCAUGGUGCUAGCGGCGACGCCAAGAAGAAGGUGAUUGAGAAGGCCGAGACCUCUGCCAAGGCACUCACAGAUGAAAAUGAAAAAACCUCAGCCGAAAUUUAUAUCAAAACAAUGAGAAAGGUUUUAGAAAAAGGGGAGGCUUUUAUUGACUCAGAAAUAGAACGGGUUGAAAAAUUGAAGGAUGGGAAGGUCAGUGACAAAAAGAAGGAACAGUUGGGAAACCGUUUGAAUAUUCUGACAUCAUUCCAGCUGAGAAUAAGGGAUGAGCUUUAAGUUGCUGUUUUGGUCAAAUUAUGAAUCCAGCUUUGAAUCAGAUGCAUAUGUUUUACUUUAUCAUUCGUUCUUAAGCAUUUUAACAAACAUACCCUUUCCUUACAACCUUGAUUUCAAAUGUUUUCUUGAGAAGAUAAUUAACAUUAGUCUUACAACUGCUGAGACGUUACCACAUGUAAAACACGAGAGCCUUGUCACCUCUUACACUGGAAAUGCCAUGAAGAAAGCAAGUUAACUUUGAAUCUGAGUGCACUAUCUUUGACAAAUGAUUACACACUGUAGGUACAGGAAAGUUGAGGUGGUUGUGAAAUGACCUAUUUGUAUAUUUUUAACACUGAAUGUGGGAGAAUUUUUAUGACAUUGCGAUUUUGCUGAAUUGUGCUUUUCACAGCAGCUUGUCUUUUUGUCCUGUUUUUGAAAAAUGAAUUUUUGCAAAUUGUAGAAUCCUGGAGAUCGCAACUGUAAUACCAAUAUAGAAUUGGAACAUAAGCAUGUCCUGACAUUUACACCACAUAUUCCGGGCUCUGUUUUACACAGUUACAAGUAUGUAGCAACUUAUUGUACACAUUUUGCUGAGCUAACCAAAGAACAUUAUCACCAUAUUUUUAGAUUGUUUUGUCUUGCACUGAAUUGCAAUAAGGACAUUUUGCAAGUAGUUGUUACAGGAUAGUGUUAUUGUAGCAGGGCGUGGAGUCAUCCCACAGAUGACAUCCUUACCUUGUCGGCUUGCUGACGGGUUAACCUCUUUAGUCACGUGGACAAGGCUUCUGACUUCGGAUCAGAAUGUCCGUGGUUCGAAUCCCAGGACGGGCUUCGGAAAUUUUAUCCGCUACAUUAUUUGCAUCAGAUUUGCACCAAUUUUUCACAUUUUCCUGGAUUUAGAUACCUGGAUAUGACAUGUGGUUGUUUGAAUUUGUUCUUAUGCAGCACAGAAAGUGGUGUUUUUUUACAGUUCAGGUUAUUACAAAUACUUCAUCUUUGAUAUUGUCUAUUGGUUUAAAAUAUUUAAUAUUUUGUGACAAAGACAUUUUAUAGUCAAACUUUCCAUUUGCUCAAUAUUGUGCAUUUAUUUCAUUUUCUAGUGGUUAUGUUUCAGUACUGUUAUUGUCAUCAUAAUAUAAUUAUUCAUGUGGUAAUGUAGUUUUAAAUUUAGGAUGUACAAUCCGUUACAGGACAUUCUCUUAAAUUAGGCUCGUCUAGAACUAGACAGUGUUUUAGAUAUAAUUGUGUAACUGACAGGAUCCAGUUGAUCAUUCCUUGAUAAGGUACCUGCAUCUGUGCCAAAUACCUUGCAUUUUAACACUGAAGAAGUGCUCUUUCCAUAGACAUGUGUGGUCAGUGGUGUUUGUUGGGUUCAUACAAAUUGAAGUAUUGGAGGGUUUUAAAUUUGUUAUAAUACAAAGAUUUUGUAAAUCCAUUUAUUUGUAGGUUUGCAUUUUUCACCGAUUCUUGAGAUGGAAUUUUUGCGCAAAA